AUGGCGUAUGGCUUCCCAUUGUCUUCAUCCGGAUUAACCAUGAAUUUUAACGGACUUAAUGCAUUUGCGAACCCAACAUUGACCCGUCAGUGCAAUCAAAUCCUCAUUUCUCCAUCUCCGGUUAUGGAGAUAUUGAAACCCUCGACAAGAAAUACCAACGCCAGCAUGAUGCAAAUCAAGUAG